AUGCGCUCAUUUCUGGUGUCGGCAAGUUCCAGCACCACAUGCUGCGAAUCUACCCCACGCUCAGUCUCAGAUGUAGCAUCAGGCUCCACCCCAGCGCCCGCUCUCUGCUGUGCACCCUACGAUAGUCGACUGCUGGGCAGUGCACGACCAGAGCUGGGCACCACCUUGGGCAUCUAUGGAGCCCCCUACACGGCCGCUGCAGCUGCCCAGAGCUACCCUGGCUACCUGCCCUAUAGCCCGGAGCCCCCCGCACUGUAUGGGGCACUGAAUCCACAGUAUGAAUUUAAGGAGGCUGCAGGGAGUUUUACACCCAGCCUGGCACAACCAGGAGCCUAUUAUCCCUAUGAGCGGACUCUGGGGCAGUACCAAUAUGAACGGUAUGGCGCAGUGGAAUUGAGUGGCGCUGGUCGCCGAAAGAACGCCACCCGGGAGACCACCAGCACACUCAAGGCCUGGCUUAAUGAGCACCGCAAAAACCCCUACCCCACUAAGGGUGAGAAGAUCAUGCUGGCCAUCAUCACCAAGAUGACCCUCACCCAGGUGUCCACCUGGUUUGCCAACGCACGCCGGCGCCUCAAGAAAGAGAACAAAAUGACAUGGGCACCCAAGAACAAAGGUGGGGAGGAGAGGAAGGCAGAGGGAGGAGAGGAGGACUCGCUAGGCUGCCUAAAUGCUGACACCAAAGGUACUGAAAACAUUCACCACUCCACCUUAAGGGUUUUACAAGCCCUCAAGCAGUUUGGUCUUUCAAAAGCUGCCCUGUAGGGUAGAUUUUCUGGAAGGUCCUCAGACUUACCCUUGCACCUCCUUGCGUGUCUCAGAGCAUUAGCCUGUGCACUGCCUUCUACCUGUAAAUCUCUACACAACCGGCUUCUUCUUGACAUCAAAGUGUUACCUCCUAAAGUUCUUCCUGACUCAUCCAAGCCAAAAUAGCUUCCCAGUUAUUUUCUGUUCUGCCAGCCUGUUUGGAUUUCCUUUGCCAUACUUGUCACUGUGAGAAAGUUUACAUAGCCAACUACCCUCUCUAGGAUGCCAGCUCCAGCAGAAGCCUCACUCACUGCCAUAUGCCUUACACACCUAAUACCUAAAUGAUGGCAGCCAGAUAGUUGGCGCUCAGUAAAUAUUUGCUGAAUUAAAUGAUAUAACAGCAGUCACUUGUAAAUAUUGAAAUGGAGGAAAAACUGCCCCCUGGUUUUUCACAAUUGAGAAACUGAGAUCCAGAACUCAGGCAGCAUCAUGUGGCAUUUCCUUGGCUUGGCACGGCUCGCGAGAGGAGGAGUCCGCUAAAGGGUGGGGGCAGGGCUGGGGCAGGAAUUCUUUCCCAGGGACAGGCGGCCAACAACCCUGGGGCAAAUGCAAGGGGUGGUACGGCAGGUCUGGUGAAUGACACCGCGGAUGCCCGCGGAUGCCCUGAAUGCAGGGCGCUUCUUGCUAAAAGCUUCUCAGGGAUGGGCAUUCCUCCGAUUUCCCUUGGGCCCUGGGGCUUUUCUCACUCGGUCUUGAUUUCCUGCAGAAGUUACUGCUAGCCAGGAGGCCCGGGGGCUCCGGCUGAGUGACCUAGAAGACCUGGAGGAAGAGGAGGAGGAGGAGGAGGAAGCUGAAGACGAGGAGGUAGUGGCCACAGCUGCAGACAGGCUGACGGAGUUCCGAAAGGGCGCGCAGUCGCUGCCUGGGCCCUGCGCUGCAGCUCGAGAGGGCCGAUUGGAGCGCAGGGAAUGCGGCCUGGCCGCGCCCCGCUUCUCCUUCAGUGAGCCUUCCGGAUCGGAAGAAGCUGACUUCCUCGCGGCGGAGACAGGCGGCCCUAGGUUGACCAUGCACUACCCAUGCGUGGAGAAACCGCGCAUCUGGUCUCUGGCGCACACCGCGGCAGCCAACGCUGUCGAAGGUGCACCCCCAACCCGGCCUAGGCCACGAAGUCCUGAGUGCCAUAUGAUUCCCGGACAGCCUCCUGCCUCUGCCCGGCGACUCUCAGUCCCCAGAGACUCCGCGUGCGACGAGUCUUCCUGCAUAGCCAAAGCCUUUGGAAACCCCAGGUUUGCCCUGCAGGGACUACCGCUGAACUGUGCGCCGUGCCCGCGGAGGAGCGAGCCUGUAGUGCAGUGCCAGUACCCGUCUGGAGCAGAAGCAGGUUAGCGCAACGGCUGCGUUUUGCGAAAGAAUCUUGGAAAUGGGCCCCACGUUUCGAAUUCAUCUCCAGGUUAAGAAGCUGCCAGACCUUGCCAGGGACCAGGAGCUCUCAUUUUGCCUAAGAGACAGACACACAGAAACCCUCCUAACAGCUGUCCUUGCACGCAGAGCUGGGUUGGUGGGCAGAAUUGUACCUUAGCCGACCCCACGGAGGAGGUGGCAGGGCACCUUGGGGAAGGCCGAGUGGGAGGCUGGGCGAGUCUGCCCCACCCAACGACUCUACCAAGUCUCUUCCUUCUCUGGAUUCAACAAGGCUUCCUCUCCUGCUCACCCCUGUCUCUCAUCUCCACCACGCCCCCUCACUUUAUAACUUCAUCACAGACCCGGCUACUAAGGACCCUGUGCGUCUUCUCCCCCUCCCAACCCCUUGUGUCCUUAAAAAUAAUCAGUCCGAACCCAUG